AUGGGAAUAUGGACAAUUGUAGAUACAGCAGCUGGACAAGAUUCCAGAGUGAUGAGUUCCACAAAUGGAGGGAACGGUGAGCUAUGGAACAAACAAGGGGAGGCAACUCCAGAAAGUCUGCAGCUCUUACCAGAAGCUGUAACAGUGUUGAAUGGAAGGAAUGAAUCCCUACCAAGUGAAGGCAUUGACUCCAAGCGUGUGUCCUACGACAUAAACUUCCCAGAGAUUAAAUCAAGAUUCAAACCACUACCACCGCCACCUGGUGUACAAACACCACCACCUAGUGGACCACCACCACCUAGUGGACCACCACCACCUAGCGGCAUUACCACCGGACUACCAUCACCACCUAGAGGACUACCACCACCACCUAGUGGACUACCACCACCACCACCUAGAGGACUACCAUCACCACCUAGUGGACUACCACCACCACCUAGUGGACUACCAACACCACCUAGUGGACUACACCACCACUUAGUGGACUACCACCACCACCUAACUGCACCACCACCUAGAGGACAACCACCACCACCACCACCUAGAGGACUACCACCACCACCUAGUGGACUACCACCACAACCUAGUGGACUACCACCACCACCUAGUGGAAUACCACCACCACCACCACCACCUGGUGGACUACCAACACUACCUAGUGGACUACCACCACAACCUAGUGGACUACCACCACCACCUAGAGGACUACCACCACCACCACCUAGAGGACUACCAUCACCACCUAGUGGACUACCACCACCACCUAGUGGACUACCAACACCACCUAGUGGACUACCACCACCACCUAGUGGACUACCAACACCACCUAGUGGACUACCACCACCACCUAGUGGACUACCACCACAACCUAGAGGACUACCAUCACCACCUAGUGGACUACCACCACCACCUAGUGGACUACCAACACCACCUAGAGGACUACCACCACCACCUAAAAAGUCACAGAUGCCACAAAUGUCAACUCACCUUCGGGUAUUUGUGCACUAA